AUGGGAAAGAACCUGAUCUUCAACCAGGACCUGCACGUCCGUAAGGCGCUGGACAACGAGAGGGUCAGCGGCCAACUGGGGUUCAUGAACGAGGUGAGGAAGGAAGAUGUGGCUGUUGUCCAGGUUCAUCCUGUUCAUGGAGUGUUUGAGCAGAGGAGGAUCCAAGAUGUUGGUGUCCUGGAUGCUAUCAGUAUACUGCUCUCUGAUGAGGAGUCCCCCUUUAUCUCUCUGCUGGCAGUCAACCCUGAGGUCCUGGUUCAACAGGUGAACUAUGCAGACGGGUGCUUCAGUAAAGAAGACAGAGCCUAUGCCUUCUUGAACCGCAUCGUGACCCUGGCCUUCACCAUACCGCCGCUCUGCCACACCUCCAAGCACAAGGUGUUCUACAAUAUCAUUAGCGGCCAAUCAGAGAUCACGGAAGAAGCCAACGGUCAUGGGUCAAAGGGGAUCGAGCUGAGAGAGCUGGACCUGGGCAGCCCGAAGUCAUCCCUCUCCUGGAUCGAGAGCACCCCCCAAACAAAGGAGACGUCAAUUAUUCUGACGGAGACCAGUACUCCUUUGAUAGACAACGACCACAUCAAGGAGGCGCACGUGGCGUUUGCGCUGAGUGAGGACGAGGUGGACAAGGCGAUAGAAUCAGCGCUGGAGAGCAUCCUGUCCAGUAACAGAGGGAACCUCCACCACUACAUCUCUGAUGACACCAUGUCCAUGAGACGGGUCAUCAACUCCAUCAGGGUCACCGUGGUGCUCAUGGAGGCUCUGAAGACUGAGCUGCCUCCGCCAGAGAACAUCGCUGCCUGGGUCGUUCUUGCCAACCAUUGGCCAUGUCGUCUCAGCUGGAUCCUACAGUGUCUGGAGGACGAGCAGCAGAGAGCAGAGAUUGAUGACGCUGUCGGGACGGCGACAGUCGUCGACGAGUCCAAGGCUUUGUGGGAGGUGUUCAGCGACUCGAGGAUGGAGCUUCACAUGAUGAGGGAGGAGAUCGAAGACCUGCUGGAGCAGGACGGAGAUCCAGAGAUGUUUGAGAUGUUCCUCAAGGUGCAUUUCCAGUUCAGGGUGAGGGACGCGGAGAGGUUCAAGCUGACCACGGUUAACCUGGAUCAUUCUAUCAGGAGGGAGCUGGCACGGAUCAGAGGGACCACCGGACUGAAGAAUUCUGGGUGGGGGAGGAACCUGGCUCCUCUCAACAUCAGGACUGUUAUCAACAUGACCUCUGAGGACGUCUGCAAAGCGCUGGCGAGGAUGAACCUCCCUAAGAAGUACGCAGACAUUGUCCGUAGCAAUGACCUCACCGGCCAGGCGCUGGUCUUCGGUGAUCCCGACGACCUCAAACAGCUGCUCCAGAUGACCUUCGGGGAGUGGACGACCUUCAGACUCCACUUCCUGGGUAUCGGUGGGAGGGCCCAAAGUGGAGCCAAGGCCAAGGCCACGUCCCUAAACCCCAAACAACUGACCAAUCAGCAGUCCAAACAACCUCAUUUCGGUCCCCACAGCCACGGGUCAACAUUAAAUCUGUCUUUUUCUUAAUGCCGUGGCGAGAUAGAGAUGCGUGAUAAACGGAAUGGUCUGUGUAUUGAUGUGUAGUGCCCAUGAGAACCUACCUAUCUAUUGUGUAAUGACAGUGAACUGCAUUCCUCUGCCAGCUCCUGUAGAGCUUUCAGUUGCUCAACCCAGGGUAAAGUUCAAAGGAAUGGUAACUGGUUAAUAGUUACUUAGAUUACAUUUUCUAUUACAUUUAGUUACAUUUAACUGGUUAAUAGUUACUUAGAUUACAUUUUAGAUUACAUUUUUUUCCACCACUAGGUGGCGCUGCCAUUGGAUACAUGUCAAAGGGACUUACUGUCAACCAACAAAAUAAAAUAACACACAGAACAAUUU